UUGGUCAGAAGCAGCAGCAUAUACAUUGUGACAUACAUACAUAUAUAUACAUACAGGCAGCCAGAGAUAGUCACACACACGGAAGGAGAUGGGGAGAGGACGGAGCAAGUUUGCGCCCAGCUGUGCGUUGCUGGCAGGGUUUGGGCUAUUGCUCAGCUGCCCGGUGGCUUGGACAUCGGGGGAACAUCUCCGGAGCGAACACGGCGAGUCUCAUGGAGGCAAUGAGACGGGUCACGAGGCUGGCUUUCACAUUGUCACCUUCCGCUGGGAACAUGUACAAUCCCCUUACGUUAUCGCUCUAUGGAUCCUGGUGGCUAGUUUGGCGAAGAUAGUGUUCCACCUGUCUGAAAAAAUCACCACUGUGGUUCCAGAGAGUGCUCUGCUGAUUGUGUUAGGUCUCCUCCUGGGAGGAAUAGUCUGGGCAGCGGACCACACCGCUUCCUUCACUUUAACACCAAAUGUCUUCUUCUUCUACCUCUUGCCACCGAUCAUAUUGGAUGCUGGAUACUUCAUGCCCAACAGACACUUCUUUGGCAAUCUUGGAACGAUUCUCAUGUAUGCCGUCAUUGGGACAAUCUGGAACGCUGCAACAACUGGCCUCUCCCUCUAUGGCGUUUUCAAGUCUGGUAUUAUGGGAAAUCUCGAUGCUGGCCUCCUGGAAUUCCUUCUGUUUGGAAGUCUGAUUGCUGCCGUUGACCCAGUGGCUGUAUUGGCUGUGUUUGAAGAAGUUCAUGUGAAUGAAGUGUUGUUUAUCAUUGUCUUUGGAGAAUCUCUUCUUAAUGAUGCCGUCACAGUGGUGCUGUACAAUGUAUUUGAAUCAUUUGUUAAAGUUGGGCCAGGGAAUAUUGAAGGCCUGGACUAUUUCAAAGGCAUAGUGUCCUUCUUUGUGGUGAGCUUGGGUGGAGCUGCCAUUGGCAUCAUCUUUGCCUUCCUGCUCUCCUUCGUAACCAGAUUCACCAAGCAUGUAAGAGUGAUUGAACCUGGAUUUGUCUUUGUGAUUUCAUACCUCUCCUACCUCACGGCAGAGAUGCUGUCUCUUUCUGCUAUUUUGGCUAUCACAUUCUGUGGCAUUUGCUGUCAGAAGUAUGUGAAGGCCAACCUCUGUGAGCAAUCUAUCACCACUGUCAGGUAUGCAAUGAAAAUGCUGGCAAGUGGUGCAGAGACCAUUAUCUUCAUGUUUUUGGGAAUCUCUGCAGUGGACACUACGAUAUGGACGUGGAACACUGCCUUUAUACUUCUCACGCUGGUCUUCAUCUCAGUUUACAGAGUCAUCGGCGUUGCAAUUCUGACCUGGAUUAUGAACCAUUACCGUGUGGUGCAGUUGGAGAUUAUAGACCAGGUGGUGAUGUCCUAUGGGGGUCUGCGUGGAGCUGUGGCCUUUGCUCUGGUAGCAUUGCUGGACGCGGAAACAAUUCCCGUGAGGAAUUUGUUUGUCAGUACCACUAUCAUUGUGGUGUAUUUUACAGUCAUCUUCCAGGGUCUGACAAUCAAACCUUUGGUGAACUGGCUGAAAGUAAAGAAGAGUGAGCAGAAAGAUCCUUUACUCAAUGAGAAGCUCCAUGGACGGGCAUUUGAUCAUAUAUUAUCUGCAAUAGAAGAUAUCUCUGGGCAAAUUGGACACAACUAUCUUAGAGACAAGUGGACUAACUUUGACAGAAAGUAUCUAAGUAAAAUAAUGAUGAGGAAAUCUGCACAGAUUAGCCGGGACAAAAUCCUAAGUGUUUUCCGUGAGCUGAAUCUGAAGGAUGCCAUCAGCUAUGUUUCUGAGGGAGAGCGCCGAGGGUCCUUGGCUUUUAUACGCUCAAGCAGUGAUGUUAACGUUGACUUCACAGGUCCUCGUCAUUCUGUUGUCGAUUCCUCUGUCUCCGCGGUGCUGAGGGAGAGUACCAGUGAGGUGUGCUUGGACAUGCAUGCAAUUGACAACCGAGUGAAGAGCAUCAAGGAUCGUGAAGAAACAGUUACUCACCACAUGUUACAUCAACAUCUGUACAAACCCAGGCAAAGAUACAGCAUUACUUACAGCCGCCACAAGCUAUUACGAAACGAAGAUGAGAAACAAGAUAAAGAGAUUUUCCACCGCACCAUGAAAAAGAGACUUGAGAAUUUCAAAUCCACCAAGCUUGGGGCCAACUACGCCAGCAAGUUUAGGAAUAUGAAGAAAGAAAAAGCAGCUAAAAAGAAACACAGCGAUGCUUUGUCAAAUGGAAAGAUCCCAACGCAGACUGUUGCAUUCCAUAUUGAUAAAGACUCUGACACAGAGGACAAUUAUGAAGCAGCGGAUGGAGGAAUCAGUUUCCUAAUUACUGCCCCAAGUGCAGAUACAGACGAAACAAGAAAUGGUCUCGAUAACCCGAGCUUUUCUGCCGAGGAGGAUCAGUCAAAUUUCCAAAUGACUCCGCCAUGGGUGGCAGGAGAAGAAACCGUCAUCCCAUCUCAGCGGGCACGUUUACAGCUACCAAGGAGUCCCAACACCUUCAGGCGCCUUACACCUAUGCAGCUCAGCACUCGAUCCAUUGAUUCAUUUUUGCUCGCCGACAUCUCAGAGGAACAUCCAUUGUCUUUCCUGCCUGAAUCAUCAAUGUAACUCCAAGACAAUCCCAAGUCCCCCUCCUUUACCUAGCCCUUCCAACUUGGAUGAAAAACUCUUUUCCUGGAAAGAUGACCAAGCAAGUCAAAAUGACUCUGGUGCUGACAGGCCCUCGAGGGUUUUUCCUUAUCUCCAGAAGAACUGGGUGCCGAGCUAUUCCUCACUGGAAAACGUAGAAACCCAGGUGCCCACCAUCUCCGAACACGUGGUCGCACAAGAGGAGGAUUCUGCUGAAACGCUCUCCAAAGCUGCUGUUGACAAGGUCAGUGAAGCAAGCCUCAAUGAGGAUGUCCAGCUUCCUCAUUCUGACAGCAAAGAACUCAACGCAAAAGUGCAAUACACCGACACGCUCUGUGAAGAGGGCGAGGACAGUAAUCCAAAGGAUGCAGGGACACAGGAGCAGAAACCAUUGAUCAGCAAAGACACUAAGAUGCACUCUGCAGCAGCCAAGCGGGUGCAGAAUCGCCGCUCCUUCCACCGGCCCAAGCCUUUGCGUUAUCCAGUUCUCCAGAAACUUGGGUCUCUCCCAGUCUCUUGCCACAUUCCCCCUCAUUCCUUGGAACAAGAAGAAACACAGUUUUAAGCACAACAGUCAAUUGCUUCACCAGCAAAAGAAAAAAAACAUAGAGCCUGUUAAUUAGUUAACUAGUCAUUUGGUUAUGCCAUUCGAACCUUAAAGGAGCUCCACAGCAGUGCACAAGUCUUGGGAAAAAUUGGAGCACUCCAUUUAAAAGUUUGAGGGUAUAGAGAGUAAUCUCUGUGGUUUUAUAUAAGACACAUUUACUUCUACAGGGGGUCCUGAGGGGGAAAAAAUAUUUUUCCUUCCUAUCCCUGAGUUAUUACUUUAUAAGGUGUUAUAGGCUUUUUUUGUUACAGUUUGGGUUUUCUUUCUUGGCUGUAGAGUAUUUUUAUGGUAUAUAAGUUCAGAUGCAAUUCUAAUCAGUGACAGAGUGCUGUAAAAACUCUGAGCCAUGGAAAUUAAUCACCCAGUCGACCUCCAGACAAAUGGAGGUGAAAGGUUUCUUUAAAAAAACAAUGGCAUCGCAGGUGAUUUUUUUUGUUGGUCACAGUUGAACGCUUGAUUCCCUGGGCUGUGAAAUUUGAGUAAAUGGUAACAUUGUCGAGGCUGUAUUGGGGAAAGGCAAUUUUUUGUCAUGGGCUUCAGCAAAAACAUAACUUAAGUUGGUUCUUCUGGCUAAAGAAAAAAGAGAAUUUUCACCUCAAACUGUAGCACAAGAGGAAACGUUUUUGUGCGUGUGCAAUAAAUCUCAUUGACUACUAAAAGUAGUCCUUGUCCUCUUCCCUAUUACCUACAGAAAGGUGUUUUCACCUGGAUACAGCUGGUCUGAAGUUUAAAUGUUAGUGAGAACCCGAUACUCAUACUGGAGAGUAGUUAUGAUGAAAAUAGGUUUCAUCCCUCUUGUCCUCAUCCUCUCCCCAUCCCACAUCUCCCCACUCUUCACUGCCAAUGUAAUGCAGCACAUCUGAGGGUGAACUCACCAAACGUUAGUGCCAAUGAGAAGGGGGCAUGUUAGGCAAAGCCAUCAAUUUCCCACCUUGCCUUACAUCUGUACCCCAUUUGUUCAUCCACAUCACCGCAAUUGUUCUAUGAUUGACGAAGGUUGUAGAGCAACAUUUUAGCAAGAGCCUCAGCUUCUUUUAGUGUAGUUGUUUUCUAAAGGCACAAACUUUUAUUAAGAAAGGCAUUUGACACAUGGAGUAAGCAACACAUUGUUGCAGUUGUGCAAACUAUGCAACUGUUUCUCCAAGUUAGUGACUAUAAUAUUCCGAUUGUGAGUUUGUCCAGCCCUUCCUAUCUCUGUCUUAAGACGUGAAGUAUCUCUGAUUUGCCAAGGUUGGUAUCCAGCCUUGGCUCGGGCUUCUUACUUAGCCCCUGAGGUGGGUUGGAGUUCCUCAAGGAAAUGGGUGUCUCCCUCCCCUUCGAACUAGAAUUAAAAUCGGGUGUCGAUGGUAUGGGGAUUAAUUAAAUUCAUUUGUAUAAUUAGUCGCAUGGCAGUGCAUAUUGUAUACAACAGAAAUCAUUUCCUGCAAUACAUUAGGCGGGACUUUGCAGUGUAAAAUACUGGACAUUGUGUGAAAUGACUCAUUGUGUUACUGCCGAUGCGAGCCUGAUCAUUUAGUUAUGCCAGUCAUUUUUCUUUUAUUUUGUUAGAUGUUUCAGGGGUUUCAUUUUCUUUACUUCCUUUUCGUUGAAUAAUUGUCUGACCUCGAAGGUGUCUGUUAGAAUGCUUCGGUGUGUCGAGUUGCACUGUAUCCAGUGUAGCAACAUCUGAUGGACUGAACUUGAAGUGAGAUUCAUUGGAGGUGGUGGUGGUGCUGAGCAAUGACAACCUUUGACUUCAGUGAUGGGGAAUGAGGUUAUUUGUCCCUGUACGCCCCUGUCCUCAUACGGCAGCCUGAUUAAGCGCUGUACAUAAUCCAAAUCUGCCAGGUUGGUAAUGUGAACUGUAUCUCAAUUCUGGUUAAUUUGUCUUCCAUAUAUUUUAUAUUUGUUGAUUAAUAGUACAUUUUGUUUAAUGUUUUACCAGUUCUCAUUGGGAGUAAAAUAUAUAUAUUUUAACUUUGAAAUAAAAUUUUAAAACAAAA